CGAUCACCCAAGUGCCACAGGCCCAAGAGGAGCGAGCAGAAAAAAAAAAGAGCAGAGACGCCGGCAGGGCCAGUGAGCACAUAUACUACCUCCGUUCGUUUUCUUGUCUGAAACGACAUAUAUAGGUAGUAUAUACAUAAACACGCGACGCCGCGCCACCAGUGGCCGAUCCACCACCAGCUCGAUCCGGGGGGUGGCAGGUUGGGGAGGAGGCGAAAGGCGUCGCCGAGCGGGAACCCAGCCGUCGUCCACACCGAUCCAACCAGAUUCCCCGAUCGAGAGAGGGAGGGAAGGGUCGCAGCUCACAAAGUUUUACAAGAGCGGGAGACGCGGAGGGCGAGACGAGAUCACGCGAGUUUGUUGCGCUUCAAAAGAAAAGGGAAAAAAAAAACACCAGAGAGGCCUCUGCCCGGAUCAAGCGGGAGAGUCCCGGGCCAGAAAGCCGAGGGGCGGCAAGCAAGCAAGCAGACGCAACUGCCCAGCAGCAGCAGGAGGAGGGGCAUUGCCCGGCGGCGGCGGCGGCGUACCAUCGGCGUUGUGCUGCCGGCAGAGGAGGACGGCUGCGUCGGCCAUGGGCGGGUACGAGCUCGUCAGGAGCGACGACGCGGCGGGCGCCCCGGUGGCCGAUCUCGAGUCCGGCGCCGGCGCCAAUAACAAGGCCCCGCCGCCCUCGCCGCCCCCGUCGCCCGCCGCGCGCGGCCAGCCGCGGCUCGUCUCCCUCGACGUCUUCCGCGGGAUCACCGUCCUGCUUAUGAUCGUUGUUGAUGACGCGGGAGGCUUCAUCCCAUCACUGAAUCACUCUCCUUGGGAUGGCCUAACAAUAGCUGAUUUCGUCAUGCCAUUCUUUCUUUUCAUAGUUGGAGUCGCACUAACACUAGCGUACAAGCGUGUGCCAGACAAAUUGGAGGCAACUAAGAAAGCGGCAUUUCGAGCCCUCAAGUUAUUCUGCCUUGGUCUCGUUCUCCAAGGUGGAUUUUUUCAUGGUGUUCACAGUCUCAGUUUCGGUGUUGAUCUGGCGAAAAUACGGUUGAUGGGAAUACUUCAGAGGAUCGCGAUAGCCUAUCUCCUUGCUGCAAUAUGUGAGAUUUGGCUCAAGGGAGAUGAUGAUGUAGAUUCUGGACUUGAUUUGCUCAGGAGAUACCGCUACCAACUGUUUGUAGGAUUGGUCCUUUCUUUCACAUAUACUGUUCUUUUAUAUGGAAUAUAUGUUCCGGACUGGGAUUAUCAGAUAUCAGGUCCUGGUUCCAUAGAGAAGUCAUUCUCUGUGAAAUGUGGAGUCAGAGGAGAUACUGGACCGGCUUGCAAUGCAGUUGGAAUGGUUGACCGUACAAUUUUAGGGAUCGAUCAUCUCUACAGACGGCCUGUUUACGCACGUACGAAGGAAUGCAGUAUAAAUUAUCCAGAGAAUGGACCGCUACCACCAGAUGCUCCAUCAUGGUGCCAGGCGCCAUUUGAUCCUGAAGGCCUCCUGAGCUCUGUCAUGGCAAUUGUCACUUGCUUGAUUGGUCUGCAAUUUGGGCAUAUAAUUAUCCAUUUUGAGAAACACCGGGGAAGAAUCACCAAUUGGCUGAUCCCUUCCUUCAGCAUGCUAGCAGUAGCCUUCUUAAUGGACUUCGUUGGAAUGCGCAUGAAUAAACCACUAUACACGAUAAGCUACACUUUGGCUACUGCUGGUGCUGCGGGGCUCCUUUUUGCUGGAAUAUACACUCUGGUGGACGUGUACGGGUUUAGAAGACCUACCAUUACCAUGGAGUGGAUGGGGAAGCACGCCCUGAUGAUAUAUGUGUUGGUGGCAUGCAACAUCCUGCCCAUGUUCAUCCGUGGCUUUUACUGGAGAGACCCCAACAACAGCCUUCUGAAGUUCAUCGGUAUCGGGGCCUGAAGCCAUGAUCUUCUACACGGUGUAAGACCAGUUGGGGCCACAUACAUAGGUAUAUAGAUUUUAGGCCUAAAUGACAGUGAGAGGGAUGCAAAAGUAGGCAGUCGGGCCCAAGUUUUGCUGUGCAGUUAUAACAUGAUGGUCAUCAGCUCAUCAGUAAUGAGCUGCCUAUUCCAUCAGCACUGCAGGCUGUUGCCACUUGCAGGAGUCCAUUCUCCCUGCGCUCUUUGUAGAUGGUGGAGCUGCUCAUGUAUAUGAUAAUUGAUAACACACUGGGAAUCGGAUGAAAUAUACUGUAGAUUCCAACAAGUUCUCAAGGAAAACUACGAAAUAUUGUUAGAA